AUGUUUCGAUUUGUUGCUGUCCUAGUUCUGGGUUUGAUCUUGGUUGGUUCAAGUACCGCAUUAACGCAGUAUGACUCUGGCUACGUUGACUUCGGAGAUUCCGAUACCUUUAUACCCUCUGUUGGGGCGUACAAGCAAAAAGUAGUUUCUGUUAAGUUCAACAAGCCCUACGCCGUGGCGCCCAUUGUCAUCCCGUCUGUGGAAAUCAUGGACUUUGAAAACAUCUACAACACCAGAUGGCAGUACGCAGUGGCUGCGGUCACUACAACGGGGUUUCAAAUUACCAUGAUCACCUGGGGUAACACCAAAAUUUACAAUAUUCGAGUACGCUGGCAUGCGCUCAGCUUGUAGAUGUGUAAAUG